UCCUCUUUCAAAAGCAUUUGGUAACCGUUAACAUCGAUGAAUUUGGCAGAAUAGAGUUUUCGUAUGAUAGACUUUGAAAACGGACCAGCCUAUUUCUGACAAGUUAAUUUGUUUCCAUUUUGGAGUCAUUUUGUAGCACUGGUAACAUUUGUACGAGAUGGCAGCAGUGUGUUCAUUCAUGGAUGUUUGACAAACUUGUGGUAUUGGCAGUUCUGGCGAUACCUGUCUAUGUAGUUUACAUGCUGUGUGCCUGAGUGUGAAUGUUUGUCCAAAAUGUCAGGAGACAGCAGCACUCUGUCCUGGAGGAGUAUGUCUCCUACUGGCCAACCAAAGGACCCAGAUAUGUCACACACAGCAACUACGGGCAGGAAAAGCAUAUUCCCGGUGAAAAUUAUCAAAGUGUGUUUCCUCAGCAACAGUUUCAACCUCGGCAAGAACUUCAAACUGGUCCGCUGCGACGAAGGAAUGACAGUCAGGGAUGUCAUCAGCAUUGUCCUGUCCGGUGGCUGUGUGGGUCCAGCCAUAAAGCACAACCUCUCUUACGGACUCCUCCUCAAACAUCUCAAGUCGUCAGACAUACACUGGCUGCAUCCGGACUUGACUAUGGCUGAGCUCACCCAGCGAUACGUGGAGCAGCACCUGGAAGCUGAGUGGAGAUAUGAUUUAAGGAUCAGAUACAUUCCAACAAACUUCUUGGAAAAAUUCCAAGAGGACAGAACCACCAUGGUCUACUUUUACCAGCAGGUACGUAGUGAUUACAUGCAGCGGUUUGCCUCCAAAGUCAGCGAUGGGAUGGCUCUGCAGCUUGGUUGCCUGGAGAUUAGGAGAUUCUACAAAGACAUGAAUCCAAAUGGACUGGAGAAAAAGUCCAACUUUGAGCUAUUGGAGAAGGAUGUGGGACUGGACUUGUUCUUUCCGAAAGAGCUUAUCAACAGCAUGAAGCCAAAGCAGCUACGUCGCAUGAUCCGUCAAACAUUCCAGGGCUAUGGUACGCUGAACCAGGAGCAGUGCAUGGCCAGGUUCUUCAGCACUCUGGCCCAGUGUUACAACUAUACACAGGAAAGAUUUGCCUGCCAGUUGGUGCACGGUUGGCGUGUAACAAUAGACCUCGUCAUUGGAUCUGAAGGGAUCAGCCAGCAAACAGGAAACUCAACACCUGUCCGCCUGGCCACAUUCUCUCAAGUGAGCAGUAUCUUGUGCACUGCAGAAAGCGAUGGUCGUGCUCUGCUCACUGUAUAUAUAGAGGGAACCAAGCAGCCUCUUUCAGUGAGUACAGAGUCUAUGGCUGUAGCAGAAAACAUGGCCAACUUAAUUGACGGCUUCUGCCAGCUGGAAUGCUGCUCUAAAGGCUCACUCAUAAGCAGGGGAAACAAAGUGAGACAGAAACUACCUGAGAUUCCAAAACACAAUGUUCCGACUGGACCAACUAGAGGUUCAGAUAUUUAUGCGGAGAUUCCUGAGGUCACAAUGGACCAAUGUGAACAUCAAAGGAUUUCCCGAGCAGAUGUAACUGUAGGUUCGAUCCUGGGUGAGGGCUUUUUUGGAGAGGUUCAUGAUGGUGUGUAUAAAAGUAAGACAGGCGAGACGAUCCGAGUGGCCAUCAAAACAUGCAAGGACUGUUCAGCAAGCGUGAAGGAAAGGUUUCUCAGUGAAGCUGCUUUGAUGAAAAACCUGGACCACCCGCAUAUUGUGCGCCUGGUUGGAGUAGUUGAUAUUGAUCCAAUCUGGAUUGUCAUGGAACUCUAUGAACUUGGAGAGCUGGGGAAAUAUCUGAUGGAGCAGAAAUAUAUACUGACAACAGCUACAUUAAUCCUAUACUGUUUGCAAAUCUGCAAAGCCUUAGCAUACCUAGAGGGCCUCAACAUGGUGCACAGAGAUAUAGCGGUAAGAAACAUCCUCGUGGCAUCUCCUGAAUGCGUCAAACUUGGUGACUUUGGGCUCUCUCGAUAUAUCGACGACCAUGAGUACUACAAAGCAUCUGUUUCACGAUUGCCAAUCAAAUGGAUGGCGCCAGAAUCCAUCAACUUCCGACGUUUCACCGUUGCCAGUGAUGUCUGGAUGUUUGGUGUAUGUGUUUGGGAGAUCUUCUCUAUUGGCCAGCAACCAUUCCUCUGGUUGGAAAACAGACAGGUUAUUUCUCAGCUGGAGUCUGGCGUCCGACUACCCAAGCCAACGUUGUGCCCGCCUGCUGUCUACUCACUGCUGACCAGCUGCUGGGCCUACGAGCCGCACAUCCGUCCCAGCUUCAGUCAGCUCGUCUGCUCUCUGAGGAACAUUCAUAAAAUGGAGGAGGACGGUACAACACAUUGCAUCUCAUCUAUCUCGCAGCUGGAGACUGACCAUACUGAGCCUCCCCCAAAGCCUUCAAGAGUUGGCGCAACCAUCUCUCGUGUGUCGCACAUGCAGGGAACAACCUGGAAUGUUCCAAGUUGGGAGAAAACACAAGAGAAAAUUGAUGACACUCUUCGAAGACAACGAAGAGAGAUGGUGAUGGAUAGGCAGUGGCUGGAGCAAGAGGAGCAACAACUGGAUCUGGCUGUGCGACAAGCGUCAAACAUCAAGCCUCUGGAAAAAUAUCCAGCUGUUGGACCCUCCGCAACGUCGCCAGCAUCUCCUGACAUCACAAGGUCUUGUCCCACAGCAGAGUUGGAUCGAACAGAUGAUCAGGUCUACUCUGGCGUCAUGGCGAUAGUUAGACAGGUGGUAAAGCUGAAAAAUGAGGUCAACAUGCUGCCCGCCUCAGAGUAUCCCAACGCAAUCAAAGCAAUUGGAGUCACUCUGCGAAACCUUAUUCAACACGUCGAUGAUAUCAUGCCUUCUCUGCACAGCUCAGUUACAAGCGAGAUCAUAGGCACAAAGAAGCUGCUGAACAAGGAUUUAGGGGAGUUGAUCAAUAAAAUGAGACUGGCCCAGCAGAAUUCGGUGACUACGCUGAAGCAGGAGUGCCAACGGCAGAUGUUGGCCGCUGCACACACCCUGGCAAUGAACUCCAAGAACCUGCUGGACGCAGUGGACCAGGCUCGAGUCAGGGCGAACUUGGCGAGGCCAAGACAGGAUGAUGAUAGAUCACAGAACUGAGGGCGAAGUUAUGUUCUGUGUUCCAGAAUGUGUUGUACAUGCACAGACAAUGAUAGAGCAAUAAAUAUUUGCCUGAACUGAACUCGAAAUGUUUGCUCAAAACUAAUCCAUGAAUAAAAGUGCAACUAAGAAAACGCAAUAACUUAAAACAGCAAUAACUGCACAGAGGCCUAUAAAUGUGCAACAUUGAUCCUGUCAAAUCCUAAAAAUAGGUAAAAGUCAUUGAAGCUGUACUUAUGGAAAAUACCAAUAACU